AUUCUGGUAGUUUAUUGAAAAUCCAUACAGUCCAUUCAUAUAAAAAAUUAAUACAUCUUAAAAGUAGUCACUGUGAAGUACUUAACAAAAAAUUAAAAAUGGAAAAAAUGAUUAGUGCAUUACAAAAGGAGCUAUCAGAAACUGAGCAAGAAAAACUAGAACAAGAAAAAGAAGUCUGCAAUUUGAGAUUUGCCUUAAAACACGAAGAGGAGAAAAGAAGAAAUGCUGUUUGGCUUUGUGAAAAAAUUAAGGAACAGUUAAUAGAAAAAGAAGAGGACUAUAAAGAAGUUGAAAUGAAACAACAACUUGACAUGUGUGUUAGAACACUGGAUAUGGAGCUGAAGACUGUGAGAAAUAAUUUAACUAAGGCUUUAGAGGAACGAAAUGAUACCCAGAGAAAGCUUUCCCAAGAACAGAAUGCCAGAAUAUUACAAGAUGAGAUUCUGGCAAAUCACCUCUGCAAGGAAAAGGAGAUAGAAAUGGAGACAGAGAAAAUGAGUGCUGAGCUGCAAGAAUUAUGGGAUCUACAGACAAAGACUGGACAACAUGCUGUGCAGAUGCAAGAACGUGUGAAAAAGCUUCAACUUGAAAAUUACAAGUUAAAUAUUACAAAACAAAAGGGAAAAACAAAAAUUGAAGAACUGAAGAAAAAUUUGUUAAGUAAAAGUGUGGAUGAUGAACUUGUAGAAAAACUGGAAAUUGCAUCUUUAAAAUGUCUACAUCUAGAAAAAGAAAAUCAACGUCUUCAUCAGGAGUUACUGUCUAAAACAACUGCUAAAAAGGAUUGUGAAACACUAGAGAAGAAUAUAAUGACAUUGAAACAAGAAGUGGUAAACCUCAAAACUUAUAUGAAAAACAAUAUGUUAGAACGUGGUCAAGUAGAACAAUAUAAGCAGAAUAUUGAAGAAGGAGCAAAACGGGAUUUAGUAAAAAAAUUGAGACAAGUCAAUCUAUUUUUGCAGACACAGGCAGCAUGUCAAGAAAAGUUAGAGCAAUUCAGAGAGACACAAAAUGCUUCAACAAGAAGUCACAUGGAACUCAGAAUUAGCAAUUUAGAAUCUGAACUGUCUACAAUGAAAAGUCAACUGGACUUUAGUAAAAUGGAGGUUGAAAACUAUAAGCAACUCUACCUAGAAGAAGUCAAAAUUAGAAAAUCACUGUCAAACAAACUACACAAAACUAAUAAGAGACUAGAUGAAGCCAAGACCAAGAUUCUUCUGGAAGAACAGAAGACAUCUUUACAACAUAGCUCUCCUAAUACAAGAUCUGUCCUAGAGUGCAGUUGUGUUGGAAGUCCUAACACCAGACUUUUUAUUCCAAAGAGUUCUUCCGGACAGUUUCCAACAGAAAACUUAGUGGAUUCUACCUCAUCCCCAUGGCCUUCAGCUGAGACCAUGCAGAACUAUGAGAAGUGG